AUGCAGAGCUUUUACUGCUGGGGACCGUCGACGCCUCCUAUAGAAAUGUCGCAAAACGAGUAUGCCCGGUGGAAUGCGCACAUGCAAACGCCCGUCAUCUUCAACCACCAUGCUCCUCUCAAGGUCCAGUCGCCGACGAUACAAAACGUCGACUUGAACCCAAUCAAGUCCACCCGAAAGGCCAUGGCAAACGACGAGAAGAUUCUUAUUCUCACCCCGCUCAAGGACGCUGCAUCUCAUCUUUCCAAGUACUUCGAGCUCCUUGCCGAGCUUUCCUAUCCCCAUCGACUCAUUGACCUUGCCUUCCUUGUUUCCGACUCUCAGGAUGAUACCCUGGCGGUACUUGCGGCCGAACUCGAACGCAUCCAAAAGCGACCGGAUAAUAUUCCGUUCCGAAGUGCCACUGUUGUCCAGAAGGAUUUCGGUUUUCAUCUCAGCCAGGAUGUUGGGGAGAGACACUCCUUUGAAGCUCAGGGUCCUCGCCGGAAGGCCAUGGGCAGAGCCAGAAACUACUUACUGGCCAGCGCUUUGAAGCCGGAGCACUCUUGGGUGUAUUGGCGUGAUGUCGACAUUGUCGACAGCCCCGCCGGGAUUCUUGAGGACUUUAUUGCUCACGACAAGGACAUCUUGGUUCCUAACGUUUGGUUCCACCGCUAUGAGAAGGGCGUUGAUAUCGAAGGUCGAUUUGAUUACAACUCAUGGGUCGAGUCGGACAAGGGCCGCAAAUUGGCGGCUAGUUUGGACCCAGAUACCGUUCUCGCCGAGGGAUACAAACAGUACGAUACCGGUCGCACCUACAUGGCAAAGAUGGGAGACUGGCGAGAGAAUAAAGAUGAAGAGAUUGAGCUCGAUGGUAUUGGCGGUGUGAAUAUUCUUGUCAAGGCUGAUGUUCACCGAUCUGGCAUCAACUUUCCUUGCUACGCUUUCGAACAUCAAGCCGAAACCGAAGGUUUUGCCAAGAUGGCCAAGCGAGCCGGCUACCAGGUCGUUGGUCUUCCCAACUAUGUCGUCUGGCACAUCGAUACUGAUGAGAAGGCCGGCAACUUGUAA